AUGGCUAACAAACAGGCUGCCCUUGAUGCCCAAGGUAACUUUGUCAGGGAUCUGAAGGCUUUCAGUGCGGCGAAGGCGGAGAUCGAUGCAGUAGUGGAAAUGGUUGUUGAACUUGCUAUCGGGUUAGAAACUACUAUUAAUGUGGCAGGAUUUAGAGUUCUUAACAACCAACUACUAGAUAAGGGGAGUUUUAUUGGUGGUAGUAGAUAUUAUAAUCACACAAGUACUCAACAUGGGGAAUCCUUGCCAAAGAGGGAAGCAUUACCCUUGGAACCUUUCGAUAUCUGCCAAACCAAAAUUGGAUCCCCUUCUUUACUUGCACAAAACAGAAAGGAAAGGAAGGAGCUAGCAGACAACAAAAGUGAAAAACUUGUCUUGAGGGAUGGAAUGGUGCUUUUAAAGAAGUACAUCAGUCAUACUAAUCAGAUCAAGAUCAUAAUGAAAUGUCGGGAUCUUGGCCUGGGUCCUGGAGGGUUCUAUCAACCUGUUUUACAAAAUGGUAUCAAACUACGUCGGCAGAUAAUGUGCUUUGGUAAGGAUUGGAACCCACAAUCCAGUUCAUAUAAAUCUAGACAGGCGGUUGAUGGUGCAUGUCCACCUAGUGUCCCUAUUGAAUUCAGGCAUUUGGUUGAAGAUGCAAUCCAAGAUUCCCAUACCUUUCUGAAGCAAGAGUUGAAACUUUGGAAUGCAGAGGAGAUACUUCCUGUUAUGUCACCAGACAUCUGCCUUGUCAAUUUCUACACAGAGAGUGGGAAACUUGGUCUCCAUCAGGAUAAAGAUGAAAGUCAAGAGAGUCUAAGAAGUGGGUUACCUGUUGUCUCUUUCUCCAUUGGUGACUCAGCAGAGUUCUUAUAUGGAGACAGCAGGAACACUGAAACGGCAGAGAAAGUUACUCUGGAGUCUGGUGAUGUUCUAAUAUUUGGAGGCAAAUCUAGGCUUAUAUAUCAUGGUGUGGGACGUAUUAUGCCAAACUCAGCUCCAAGUUUUCUAGUUGAAGAAGCAAACCUUCGUCCUGGACGUAUUAAUUUGACGUUUAGAGAGUUCUAGCAACUUCCUGAUC